AUGUCUUCCCCUGAUAUUGUCAAAGUGUUACUGUAUCUUGUUCAGGAGUCGGAAAAUACCUCUCUUGAAAGAUAUACUGCUGCUGCCCUAGAAUCUUCCGAGGUCUACACUCAACUUCAGCUCUUGAAAUAUAUGCUAACCGUGAGAAGUCCAGAUCCACCAUUACCAACAGAAAUCAAUCAGGAUAUAAAUAGAAUACUUUUUCACCGAUCACAUAAUAAACUCUUUACUUCGAGGCACUCUAUAAAAGAAAAGCUCCGUUUUGCUGAUUUAUCUCCAAAACUAUCCAUUUGGAAGGGAGAUAUCACCACUAUUUCUGAUGUCACAGCCAUAGUAAACGCAGCGAAUUCAGCCCUUUUGGGCUGUUUCCAGCCUAGUCACCGUUGCAUUGAUAAUAUCAUCCACGCUGCCGCUGGGCCAGAUUUACGUCGUGCUUGUUAUAAUCUUGUUGAGCAAAGAGAUUUUACUCAAGAACCAGUCGGAAGUGCCCAAAUUACGCCUGGAUUUAAUUUACCUGCCAAAAUGGUAAUACAUACAGUUGGUCCCCUGCUUCUCCCUGGAAGUGAACCUAAUCAAGAAGAAAUAUCACAGUUGGCAGCUUGUUACACUUCUAGUUUAGCAAAGUUGGAAGAACAAGAAGAGGACGGGAACGACAAGUCGAUUGUUUUUUGUUGCAUUUCCACAGGCUUGUUUUCUUUUCCAAAUGAUAUUGCUUCAAAUAUUGCAAUAGAAUCUGUGAGAAAUUACUUCUCUGAACAUCCACACUCUUCUAUUUCUGAAGUUAUUUUCAACGUAUUCACUGAAACGAAUCUCAAGUUGUAUCGGCAAAAUUUUGCUGAAUACCAAGAGAGGGAAAUUCUUGUGCCAAUUGAACAACCCAUAUUUGAAACACAUCACCCAAUUAUAGAAGUUUCGAAAAAGUUAAUUCAAGAUACAGAUUACCUUAUUGUUAGUGCUGGGGCUGGAUUGUCAGCUAGUGUGGGACUCGAUUACUCUUCUAAUGAAGUGUUCGACAAACACUAUAGAAAUUUUAAAAAGUACGGACCAACAAGGCUCUACGAGACAAUCGGUCAUCAAUGGCCAUCUAAGCUAGUAGAAUGGAGUUUCUGGUUCCAUCAUUAUGAAACUGUUUCCCGUUGGCCAGCAUCUGAGAGCUAUCAGAAGUUGGUAAGAAUGUUGAAUUGUGCAACUAAUUCCUUUGUCAUUACAAGCAAUGCAGAUGGCUUUUUUAUAAAGAACGGAUAUGAUCCUAAGAAGGUUUACAGUAUCCAAGGAAACUAUUAUUGGAUACAGUGUCCAAUAAAGUGUACACAAGAUUCUUUCAGGCCUAUGGAUGCUGAACUUCAGAAAGUUAAACCAUACAUUGAUCUCUCUACGAACUUAUUGAUGGAUUCCUCUCACAUUCCAAGGUGCGAGAAUUGUGGACAUAUUAUGACUAUGUGCCUCAGGGGAGGUUGGAAAUUUAAUGAUACACCCAUGGAGACAGAGAAAAAGAAGUAUAAGGAACUUUUGAAUAAAAUAGUGAGAGAGAACCAAAAAGCAGUGUUAUUAGAGUUUGGAGUUGGUCUCAACACUCCAAGUGUUUUGAGAUGGCCCAAUGAAGAAUUGGCAAGUGAAAACGAAAAUAAUUUCACUUUGAUAAGGGUUGGUAAUGGUCCAAGUAGUACAGUGCCUAUCGAAUACAUAGAGAAGGAGAAUUUCAUAGUGAUAGAUGCUGAUGCCAGCGAAGUGAUCGACUUAUUGGUUUCUUGA